ACUUCGGAGAAGGAUAUCUGACGUCACAAAGUUUGAUUGUUGUGAUCCCGUGGUUGGCGGUGUAACAAACGCUGAACUGUGACGAUAAAUGACGUUUGUUUCGCAGUAAAUCUUCGGUUACUUUUUAAAAUUCUGACGUCAAUUACGCGAUUUAUUCUAAAUUGUCCGCAUUGUAGUAAGAACAUGUUGUAAAAGAUUCGUCUUUUUUAAGGUAAAACUAGAUUGUAGCCAUGUCUUAAGUUAAAUUGGAAUAUAUUUACUAAGUGAUAUGAGCUUCUUAAAGCCGCUGGGAAUGACGAAGAAAAGAUUUAAGUUCCAAACUUCGUUGCUGGUGGAUGAAUUAAAUCUUGUGCCGUUUGUCACCGAAGUCUUAUAUUGCAAAGUUCGUCUGCGUAAUGGGGGGACGUAUGUGAAUAGCACGGAACGUGAAAAAGUGAAAGAUCAUUGCGUUUCAUGGCGCUCAAAGUUUCAGUUCUCAUGCAAGAUGUCAGCGGACCCGAACACAGGAGUUUUGGACCCUUGUGUGGUUAGAGUGUCAGUGAGAAAGGAGGUCCGGGGUGGCAGGAGCGCCGCAAAAGUCGGUUUCGUUGAUCUUAACUUGGCAGAGUACGCUGGGUCAGGGCAAACCUCCAGACACUGCUUAUUGGAGGGGUAUGACGACAAGAACCGCUUGGAUAACUCUAUAUUGAAGAUUGUGCUGGGCAUGCAUCUAACAUCAGGAGAUCCAUGCUUCAAGAUCCCAGUUGUUCGCGACCUCCCAAGUUUCCAUAUCCCCGAUGCAGAAGAUGAGACAGACGUGCCGAGGUUGGACAGCGACAGUAGUGGUUUUGGAAGCUUGCCGAGGAAAACUCCAAAACGGAAGAAAACCCCGGAUAUAGCUGAAAGAUUUGAGCCCGGACAUACUCGUAACGCAAGCUCAACAAGCCAGCAGUCGAAGCGUUCUGAUUACAGCUCGCUACACUCAAGAACCCCGAGCAAUAUAAGUCAAGCAAGUAAUUCACCCGAGUCUGUUACGGAGCAUGACUCAGCUGGUUUAAAAUCACCCCAUCGUGUCCCGUCCACCCCAGGUCGCAUGGGGCCUCCACCCCGUCCCCCACCGCCCCACGGUAAACUCGACUUGCCCCCAAGCAGGAUGGGCGAAACACGCGUUGACGCCGACGACGUCGUCAACAAAUUAAUGGAAAGCCACGACUUCACUCACAACAGCAGCACGGGCGAUGGGGACAACUUACAGCUCUACGUGGCCAGCGACGGAACCACGGCUCUUGGGGGUCAAACGCUCCACAAUCGUGUGGGUUCGGGGGUUUUUCAUCCCGUGGUGUUCGAACCAUCACAUAGUCGGACAAACUCUGCCUCUGUGGUUUACGAUUCCUGAUUUGAACUUAUAUGUCUUAGAUCUAGAUAGUACAAAGUUAUGAGAUGAUUUAACGUUUAAUACUCAAUGUGCUUCACCCCACAAACGCAAAUGUUCAUUUUAAAUAUAAAAAUCUAAUUCCCCAAGGUUUAAAAACAAUCAAAAUAUCUAAUUUUUUUCCCCCAAAAAAAUUAAAACACGACUGUAUUUUUAGGCCAUUCUUCUAUUAAAGCUUUGAUUUCGUAUUCAACAAUUAGGUUGAUGAUGUCAUAAUAAGACUUUGUUUUCUAUUUUACCUUAAACACAGUAUAUUGUUCUGUAGUAAUGUGAUUGUGAUGUCAUAAAGAAGUACUGUAUGUUAUUUCUAUGCUCUGUUAAAUAUUUUAAAUAACGACUGCUCUGGACUGCUUUCUAGUGUUCAUAUGCAAAAUAUUGCAGCCAUAUUAACGAAGACUAAUUGUUUUGUGACAAGGGGCUUAUUGUCUGCUUGAAUGUUAAUUGUCUCUCUUACAUCACAAUGCACUAUAUUCCAUACAAAGGUUGAUUCUUUUUAACUAUUUCAUUUCUUGCGUGGUGUUUAUGUAAAACAUAUUUAUUGUAGAUUUCAACCCAAUGUGAACCAUUAUACAAUAACUGAACUUGAUGUUUCUUAAUUAAACAUUAACUUUCCACACAGCUUUUAUAAUUAAGUAAUUUCUCUUAAACCACUUUGUUAUAAAAUUAUUUUUCUAUCAUGAUUCCUCUUCAAGCUCGCAUGACGGCUUGCCUGAUUGAGCUUUGCACCUACAAGUUACUGAAUGUGUUUCCUAAUUUGUUUUGAAAUACGAAUUAUUCAUUACAUGUUUGUGACAAAAUCUAA